UUACAUUCGCCGCACAUAAGAGUGCACGUUUGGCUGCAGACUCCCGAGCACGUUGCAGCUUUGCAAACAGGACCUUUGCUGCAUUUGGAGGCAGCACAACAGCAAUCUCCACAAGUAACUAGACAAACAUCAUCGCAAGGAAAGGCUCUUUCCACAUAA